AUGGCAAAUUUGAAGAGCAAAAAGCGGCUCGCGUUACUUGGUAGUGGAGAUAGGUUCCUUGGUUCUCGGAAAUUCUCAGUUGCCAUGGAGGGUUUUACCGGUGAGCAGCGUGCUUUUUGUGUGAGAGAGUAUUACAAAAAUGGCGAUUCGGGCACUAUUGCGCGGCGUUUAUUUCGUUCUAAGUUUAAUUUACAUGAUUUAAACCAAUAUCCGAGUGAAAGUGUGAUCAGAUCGUGGGUCAGAAAGUUUGAGUCUUCGGGUUCGACAUUAAAUGAAAAACCUGCGGGGCGUCCAAGGUCUACAAGAACGGAGGAGAAUGUAAGCGAAGUUGCGGUGUCUGUAAGGCGCGAUCCACAGCAGUCGUCCCGAUAGAGAUCAGCUGAGCUCGCGAUAUCAAGAUCAUCAUUAAGGCGUAUUUUGACCAAAUAUCUUAAAUUACGCCCAUAUAAACUCCAAUUAGUACAGGAAUUGAAACCAAAUGACCACCAUUUACGUCGUGCAUUUGCCAAAACAAUGUUAGAGCGUUUUGAAAGUUUGAACAAUAUCCUCUUCUCGGAUGAAGCUCAUUUUCAUUUAAGUGGAUUUGUCAAUAAGCAAAAUUGUCGGUAUUGGGCCGAAGAAAAUCCCCAAUUGAAACAUCAAAGACCUUUGCAAAAGCCCAGAUCUCACGCCACUGGAUUUUUUUCUGUGGGGGUACCUCAAGAGUCGCGUUUACGCCAAUAAACCGACGACAAUUGCCGAUAUCCCACGAGCGAUGUGCCAGCGAGUUUUCACGAAUUUGAGGGCUAGAUUGGAAGAUACAUGUCGAUGGCACAAAUCUCAGCGAUGUUAUUUUAAAAAAAUAAAAUUCCCAUUUGUAAUCUUUAUUAUAAAUAAAUUCUUUUUUUUCCUGAGCUUUGUAGUUUUUUUUAUAUGAUUUUUUAUAAUCCGCUCAACUUUAUGGCCCACCCUGUAUUAAACUAACACACUGUAAAAGUAACAAAUGUUAUUUGCAAUAGAAUUUUUUUUCCCUUUGUAACAGUAUUUAUGGCCAGACUAAGUAGAAGAAUUCGGGCUCGGUUUACGUUCAGUAGCGAUGUUUUGAGUUUAAUUUCGAGUGAGCUUGGGCGAUAUCGUACAUCAUAGGGCCUUAUAUUGACUGCUUCGGAUUGGCACGAAUAAUCGCCACGAGACGGGCAUCCCGGCGUCUUAUAAGAUUUUCAAGAAAUCUUGAAAGAUUAAUAAAACCGUUAACCCGGGUUGACGUCACUCGCCUUAUCGACACGUGUGAUGUGUUGCGUACCCAACAGCAUCACUGAUUUUGACAGCUCACGCACGUUUCGUGUUUUGUGUCACUGUCAAACAUCUUCAGUUUGGUUUAUAAUUUAACCAUGGAUCGUCUGACAAACAGACAACGCUUGAAAAUCAUUGAGUUUUAUUACCAAAAUGCGUGCCCUGUUAAGAAAGUUAAUCGCGCGCUUCUUCCAUUUUAUAGUCAGUUUAAUCGACCCACUGAAGUAGCUAUUCGGGCUAUUAUGACUGUUCGAAACCAAUCUGUGGGUUUUUGAGUUUUUACCACGGCAACACUGGCCGCGAUUUGAGGAUGCCCUCGCGGCUUACAUCUGUCACUUCAUCUUCUUCACGGACGGAGACAUAUACAUGCCUUUCGCAUGCAAUACAACAUUGAAAAAUUGAAUUAAGCGGAUGGCCCAUUGAGGCGCAGCCGUGGUCACCAUUUGCAUUAAAUAAGCAUGAAAUAAUUUUCAAACAUUAAAUUUUAAGGAGCGUACCAACGAUUAAAAUAAAUAUUUCCUAUAGCUGUUAAAAAAAUCACCCUUUAUAAGCGGCAAUUAUGGCGGCAAUUUUAAUUUUAUAGCGGCAAUACGUUCAACUGAUCUGUCCACGACAACAAAACUGGUGAAGCUGUAUGCUAUGUGUGGCAUGAAGCGGUAGCAGCUUGGGGAGCUAACCAAAUUGCUUCUUGUACAAGGUGUCCAGAAAGGGGUAUUUGUUUUCGCUAGAAAAUUAAAAUAUUUUUUUUUGUUUUGAAAUUAACGCCCUCUAGCGUAUACGUGGCGCAGUGUGAGGAAAUAUAUAAUUAUGAAUACAAGAUGGUUCGAGGGUGAGAUUGUCACAGCACUAUAGGCGGAACAUUCGAGAACCGUAAGACAAUUAGUAUAAAAGGACAAGUCACUUUGUCCGAAGCUUUUUCAAUCAACAUCUCUUGAGCUGCAGUGCAAGUUGUAUUACAAGUAGUAUUUGAGAGAAUGAGGAAUAAACGAGAAACACACGAAUGAGGAAUCAACGAGGAAUAUGCUGAUAUGUUAAUUUGUUACGGAUACUGAAAUUCUGUGUCUGCACAUGCUUGCAACAUGACACGCUUUCCCGGCCUUCGAGUGCCGGAUGUGAGCGGGUUCGACAGAGUUUAUCGAAGACUUCGAGAAAGUCCGUUUCAACCACGCGUGACUGAUGACGAGGAAGAACAAACCAAUGAGAUAGUGGAACGAUUUCGAUUGGAUCCAACCACUUCUACUAAUAUUGUUGCCCGUGAUCUGCAAUGGAAAGUAUGGUUUACCGUUCACACAGUGGGCCUAUAUCAUAUCAUUAUACGCUGGUACAUGCUAUCGAGCAGGGACGUGAGAAAAUUGGAUUUCUGCAGAUUUAUGUUAAAUGCUGACAUCGAAGACCCGACUUUCUUUAAAAAAUCUUGUGGACAAAUGAGUCGAAAUUUGAUAAAGAUGGGAUAACCUAAUUUAACGCUCAUUAUUGGGUUCCAAAAGAAUUGAAAAAUCCGAACAAGAGAGUAAAGAAAGUGUGGAUGGGCAUUAUUUCCAAUCAUUGGUUUGGGUCUUCCUUUCUCCCAGACAAUUUAAAUGGGGAAAAUAAUACUAUGAUCAUUUCCUGCGAGGAGACCUAAAUGACCUAUUAGAUGAUUUGCCACUCAAUCUGAUUCAAGAAAUGUGGUUUCAGCUUGAUGGCUGCCCUGCACAUUUCAGGAGAAGUGUCAGAGAAUGGCUGAACAUAAAGUGGACUGGACGAGGUGGGCCUAUACCCUGGCCAGCCAGAAGUCCGGACCUAACCCCAUGGAUAUUUAUGUGUGGGGUCACAUGAAGAGUCUCGUGAGAGAAGUGAGCCCAACCCAAUUACAUCAAUUGAAGUAUUGAGAGACAGGUUAAUGCGGCAAAUGAAAUAAGAAGGAAAUGAACUACUGGUUAAACUGGUUAAAAACUGGACUUUGUAAAAGAAUGCAAAGAUGUGUGCAAAACAGGGGCGGACGUGUUGAACAUGAAAUUUAGACUUUAAGAUGUUUUGUUGGAACUUGAAAGUUUAAUAAAUUUAGUAUUUUGUACUC